CGAGAGGAGGGGAAACCGGAGACGUUCCGUAAUCGCUCCCAAACGGAGGAAGAAACACCGAGCAAGCUUAGGAGAGAGAAUUUUCCCUUCAGCUGAUCUAUUCAAACGAAAUAUCAUGUCCUUCUGUCAGUUUUUCGACGGUGAGAUCUACAAGGAUCAUUUUAAACCAGGAGUGUAUGUGUGCUCCAAAUGUAACCAUCCGCUCUUCUCCAGUCGGUCCAAGUUUGCUCACUCGUCUCCCUGGCCGGCUUUCACAGAGACCAUCAGGGAGGACAGUGUAACCAAGAUGAUGGAGACGCUCACCGCCUACAAGGUCCUGUGCGGCAAGUGUGGCAAUGGACUAGGCCACGAGUUUGUAAAUGACGGUCCAGAGGAGGGAAUAUCGCGUUUUUGAAUAUUCAGCCACUCGCUCAAGUUUGUCCCCGGAAAAGGUAAGGACAAGCAGUAAAGAGCGAGUGAAGUGUUUCAUGUUCAGCUGCUGUACCUGCUGCUCGGCUCGAGUCCGGCGAACAGGUCGGGUCGGUGGGUGACGUGGACGGGAGAAAGGCCCUGGAGGGACGUCCUGUCCACUGAAGAAUCUUUGACCGGGCCUGUGACGCCAAGCUCGGACCGCAUCUCUGCAAAUAUUCCUUUACAAGAUAGUUAAAAUAUUUUGAAUACCUCAUAUUUAAUGUGCAUUUAGUCAUUUCCUCUCCUCAGCUGAAACACGUUGAUGUGAGUAGACACUUGAAAGUAGUUUCACUUCCAAAGGCUGCUGUCUAUUUAAAGAUAUCGACUAUGCACCAAAGUCCAGAUAGUCUGCCUGCUGUUGUGUUACUUGAAAUUUAUGCAGUAGCAAACAAACCAUGACUCAGCUGAUUUGAUCUUCCAGUUUGUCGCAUUUACUUAACACUGAUUUCUGUUCUCUAUAUCCUUUACUUAUAGCAAGUUUACAGUCGAAUGCACACCAGUUUAAUUUGUCUCCCACUGUUAGUGUUUUGUUGCUUAUGCGAAGGAAAAACCAAACAAUAAAUUAUAUUUG